UUCAGUAGACGAGUCCCAAUCAGGAAUAAUCAUGUGCUCCUCAGUUGUGAUGCUAGUCAUUACGCUGCUCUGCUUUGUUUCAACCGCGUGGGCCGACGAAUCUCGGAUCGUCGGCGGAGCGAAUGCCACCGGCAACGUUUGUCCACACACGGUCGCCAUUCGAUUGGUUGGAAAGGAUUUCCACUGUAACGGUGCCCUCGUUUCCAACCAAGAUGUUCUGACAGCAGCCCAGUGUGUGUACAGUGGAAACGUCGUCCGAAACGCUUCGGAGUUCCAGGUAGUGCUGGGGACCAUCGUAAACUCAAACAAUGUUACGGGCUCAACAGUUCGCACAGUGCGUAACGUUUGGCCCCACUCUUCGUUCAAACCCAACACUCUGGGCAAUGAUAUCGCUGUGCUGCGUCUGAACUCAACGGUACAAAGUUCGUCAGUGCUCGCUCCAGUGCGACUUGGAUCAGCGAGUCCGGCAGUGAAUCAGACCUGUUCCGUGUGCGGUUGGGGCUCGAAUGUACUGAAUGGCAAACCGGCGACGACGCUCCAACGGAUAGACUUCCGUAUGCAAGCGAAAAAUUCAUCACAUUGCGUCCGUACGGGUGGAGGUGUCUCGCUUAAAGCCGAUAUGAUUUGCGCGGGUGAUUUGCAGGCAGGUCGUGGAGCUUGUACGGGAGAUCUGGGCGCACCUAUGGUUUGCGGAUCGUUCCUUCAGGGGGUGCUCUCAAUCGUGGGCGGUUGUGGUCGGCUGAAUGAAACGUCAAUCUUCACAGACACAGCGGCACAUUUGCAGUGGAUUAACAAUCGAACCCAAGCCGAUGGGAGCAAUCCGGGAGGAAACAACUCUGGUGGAGGUACGCCUGGUGGUAACACUCCAGGAGGUAAUAAUCCUGGGGCCGCAGCCAAUGCAGUUAUACAGUUUGGGAUAAUUAUGGUAUCGUUGAUGUGUUCUCUUGCGUUGAGAUAAUAAAAAUAAAUAAACUACAACUGCUAUCUGUUAUCAGUCUGAGCAAGAUAA